UAGCCACAAACAUGGCGGCGAUCUGCAGCCACAUCUCUCCAUAUUUCCUCUAACGUUCAACAAACCAACUCAAAUUAGAGCACCAUACGAAACAAACCAUGUCGGACCCGGAGCCGGGUAAAGGAAAUGCUACUCCAGUGAACCAGUACAGGACCCCAGGACUGAGGGGCGCCAAGACCACCACUCUGUUCCGAGCAGUCAAUCCCGAGCUCUUCAUCAAACCCAAUAAAACUGUGAUGGGGUUUGGUCUGCUCAGCAUCACCCUGUGUGUGUGUUACCUGGGCUACAUGCAUGCCACUCAGGAGAACCAACAGCAGCUCUAUGAGGCCAUCGACAGUGAGGGGGAGCGCUACAUGAGGAGGAAGACUUCAAAAUGGGACUGAAUAGUUAUAGUUCUGAAUAAAUGUCUUAACCAGAUGAAAGGGAAAAUCAAGUGACUGUCCACCACCACAGCUAUCUG